CAAAUCAAUGGUCUGAGCAUCAAAUCUGAGCUGGAAUGACACUCUCCUGUUUUGAAACACUAAAUGCGGUGUAAGAAAGUGCUUAAAUGAAGUUUUUUAAACAAAGAAUUGCCAUCUGAGUUCCAGUAGCCCACAGGAGCGAUUAUUUAAUGGUGAUUUGAUGAAUAAGAAGAACAUCAUUCAUUUGUUGACAACAUGCGCGUGCUAUGGGCGGUGCUGUGAGCAAAAACAAGACACCUUUCUCAUUAGUGGAGAAGAGGAGUUUGUCCAGUAAGCAAAGGUUCCUGUCUCCCCAUGAUGUACUUGUCCAAAGCAGUCCAUUGAGGCAGCAGAGUGACCAGUGCACAUCAUCCCAAUUCAAUAAAUGUACAAAAAGUCAAGAGACAAAUCCUCUACCUUCAUCCACUUCCAUCUUCCUGCCAGAAUUUCCGCACCGCGAGGGGAGACCUGCACAUUUACAGGUAACUGGGGUAAUAGCGAAAGGAUCAUUUGGCCCUAUUCUGAAGGUGAAUGACUCGGCAAAAGGGAAGACCUAUGCUAUAAAGGUUUUACCCAAAUCUGAGGUUCUGAGACAUGGAGCCCUGGAACAGUCGAAAGAGGAGGUUAUAAUCCAGCGGCAGCUCAAACACGCUUUUGUCCUCGGUCUGGAGGACUGUUGGCAGAGUCAGAACAACCUCUUCGUCAUGUGUGAUUACUGCAGCACUGGAGAUCUGUACACCUACUGGAUGCUAACUGGCCAGUUUAAAGAGAGGGAGGUUCGAGUGUUUGCUGCUGAACUCGGCAGUGCUUUAGGUUUUCUUCAUGACUUUGGGAUAAUGCACAGGGAUUUGAAGAUGGAGAACAUCCUUUUAACUGACCAAGGUCACGUCUGCCUGGGAGAUUUUGGACUGUCUCGUCGACUUGAGCGUGGUGAAAAAGCAUUUACAAUCUGUGGGACAAUCCAAUACAUGGCUCCUGAGGUUCUGACUGGGGGUCCUUACAGCCAUGCAGCAGACUGGUGGUCCCUGGGCAUCCUGUUAUACACACUGGCUGAGGGAGAGUUCCCACUUCCUCCAGAGUCAGACCACAGCGGCAUGCUGACCAAAGUCACUGAGCAUUCUUAUGAAAUGCCUCUGAGCUUCAGUCCUGCACUGGCCCUGCUACUCACGGAGCUCCUAUGCAAGACCCCCAUGCGACGUCUGCGCUGUCUGGAACGCUAUAUGAGUCAGAGGUUUUUUAAUGGCUUCUCCUUUGACUCUCAGGUGCUGAUGAAGAGUCCCAUUCUACCAAUCCUUGAGCUCAAGGAUCACCCUAAUCGGCCAGAGAUAUCAAAGAGGGGAUUAACAUUCGACCAGCUUCAGGACUUUGAAUGUGAUCUCUUUGACCCUCCUUCCUCAUCCACAGAUUUAUCGCCUGCUAUUCCUCACCAACACUGAGGAGACCUCAGGUUCUAAAGAUGCAUAUGGUGCAAUAUCCUCAACCAUUUCUAGACAAGAACCAAACAAAUUGACAAUCUAUAUCUAUAUCUAUAUCUAUCUAUCUACAAUAUACUGUAUAUAUGAACUACACAAACAUAUGUAUAUAUGUGGAGGGAAAAACACAGCUAUAGAUGGUGCUUCUGUCGUAGCUCUAUUGUAUAAAAUAAAGUUGCAUAAACACAUAUGUAGUCUUUGAGUAUAUUUCUAAAUGUUUGUUUUUUUUCUCUUAGCAAUCUUUGUAUCCAUUGCUCUUUUUUUCAAAUUGGGUUUGGCUAAGCUGGAAAUGUUCUGUAGGAAUUGCUGCAGUAUCUUUACUAAGUGAGCAUACCAUUUGGUAGGCUAAUUCACAUGUGCCAUUUUGCUAGAAAUGAUUUCAAUAUAAAUUAUUGUAUCUGUGAAUGAUACUAUCUAACUUUUAGACCUUGGUAUGACCUAUUUGUGAGAGCAAAGACAAAUCCAAAUGGGAGCAACCUUAAUAGGGCAGAAAAUUGAAGACUAGAUAAAGCAUCAUUAUUAAUGUUUUUAAUUAGGUAUCAGGGAAAAAAACCCAAAGCCCCUGUGGAGUAGGCUAAAUAUAACAUUAUCUCUUUGUAGUUCUCCCUGGGGGCCCCUCCCAGACCCCAUCUACAGAAAGAUGAGUGUCAGUUCCUGCAUGUGCAGAGUAACAUUGGACAAUUCUCCUAAAUCUGCACCAAUCAGGUUCAGCACCUGAUCAUAAUCUCUAUGAGUUUUCUUGCACUAAACUCAACUCUCAGGGAGAUUUUCCUUGCCACUCUCACCUCUGGCUUGAUCAAUAGGGAUCUAAAUCUACACCUAGAUUUCUGUAAAGCUGCUUUGUGACAGUGUGUAUUGUUAAAUGCAUGAAUAGGGCUGAAUAGAUGUAAUCACAAUCAAACUGUGUGUGUGUCUGUGUGUGUAUAUAUAUGUAUAUAUCCCUUCUUUAUGCUCUGGCUCAUCCCUAAAGGUGGAUUGCCUGAAUAUUUGCCUAAAUGAGAAAUACUGCUAAAUUUGGGCCACCUCACAUCAGACCGUUUAGGAGAUUUUUAUCAGCUUAGUUCUCCAACAGUUGUCCUUGAAAACUGGAUCAUGGAGUUGUUGAAAAAAUUCACAUGGACAUGUCAUAGUUGCUUUGGGACAUAACUGCCUAGAUAAUUUUGAAUUCACUUAAGUGAAUUUGAUCUAGUUAGACCAGGGGUGUCUGAUUUUAAGGGCAAAGGGCUGGUGUGACUGUAGGUUUGACAAGGUUUGUUUGGUAGCCAAGCAGGAGCCACACCUCUUUCCAUCUGUUUAAUCAGUUGAACUUAGCCUACAAUCAGUGAGUUGUUGCGUAGUUAGUUGUGGCUCCUAUCUGUCUGAACUGAAAUCCUGCAGCCACACCAGCCAUUUGGGGAUAAGACUGGACACUCUGAGAUACAUUAUUAAAGGAGUGCAACACUGUAUUGCAUGGAUUGAAAAAGAUCGAUGUCAUGUAGUUCAGAGCACUUUUUGGGACUUACCUGCUGCUGCCUGUUCUCUUUUAGGUGUCAGUGUUUAGCAUUACAAAUGUUUACUUUUCUUUGUGAUUAAUUAAGC